AUGGAAAAUAGUACAACGAAAGAAAAUUUAAAUCCAACCACAACAAGUACAACUACAACAUCUUCUAUUGCAAUGGAAUCUGACAGGAUGAAUUUUAUUCGUGUUGCUGAUUUUAACAAUGAUAAUCGAUCUGAUGUAUUUUUAAUACAUGGAUCUAACUUGCUAAUUUUAUUGAAUAAUGGUGAUGAAACAUUUCAAUCCCCAACGGUGUUGUCAAAUAAUCAGAUCAUCAUGAUAGAGACUGUCUAUAUUGGCGAUUUUAAUAAUGAUAAUCAAUCUGAUGUGCUUUUAACACGAAGUGUUCGAUCAAAGGAAAACCUGAUGGUUUUAUUGGGCAAUGGUAAUGGAGCAUUCUACCCACAAGUUAUCAUGAGUUGCCUAAUUCGACUUAUAUUAUAA